UGAUAGUAAAGAAGUUGAUAUUGACAUUGAAAUUGACGGUACUCGAUUCGCAAUUAUGUGUAAAGAUUGGACUAGAGAUAUAGGGCCCAGCGUCAUUCAAACAUUUGAUGGGAUUCUUACCCAGCUAAAAAGCGGAACCGUAGGCGUUGUGGUGACUCCAGAUGAGGGAAACUUUUCUUUUAACUGCAUAAAAAGAGCUAAAAACUCAAUACAUCAUAUUAUUCUUACAAAAAAAAGUUAUAUUUGUAGAGACCUUAAAAUCGGCAAGCAAUCAUUCGAACAACUUAAGAAAUAUGUUGAAACAAUAUGUUUG